CAGAAACCUGAAGUUUGAGAUGGCUUCUAGUUCCAUUAAUUCAGUCUUAGACAACAUCAAGCCUUUGUUAGAUAAUAUAGACGACUUGGCAAAUAUAGAUCCAGAGUUGGUGAAGAAAGAGAAGUAUAAUGAGGGGCUGAAAAUUGUGAAGCUUGAAUCAAAACUUGUGAGAACUUUUCUUCUGUGUGCAAGAAGAUGGAGCCUCGAUGGAUGGAAGGAUGCAAGGCUUGAAGCUUUCUUGUCUAGCCUUCAAGAUGCUGUUCUCUAUCAUGCUCAGGCCUUUUGCGUUCUAACGGAGGAUGGAAUCUCCUUCAGCGAUCAUUUGGACCAAGCGAUCCUUGAUUUUAGAGCAAAAUUCAGCUCUUUUGACAUUGAAAUCAGCACGAUGUACUGCAGUUUGCGGGCUUUUGUAGUGCCAUCCAAUCUCUCUGCUUUGAUUGAUGAAGUACUAGUGGAAUUCGUUGACUCGCUGUUAGAGAAUCUGGUGGAUGUUGUCAGCCCGAUUGAAGCUUAUGAUCGAGGUUUGCAUAAGAUAAAGUUCGAAGCCCUCCAAGAGAAGUUAAAAUUUUUGAAGGAUUUUAUUCUCUUUGCAACAUGGCAAGGUGUUGAGUCUAGUCUGUUGAAAGAUCCCACGGCUGGCUUGCAAGCUGUGGCAGUCCAGGCAGCGGACCUCUCUUACAGUUGUUGGUUUGACAGACUAUUUGAUAAAAAAGAGUGUAAUGAAAUGCACUCUAUGAUUUCUGAACUGCUACAGGACAUCAAGCAUCUUCAUUCCCAGUUUCACGAGAGUUGUAUCCAGGGCUUAAGAGGUUCAAAAUUAUCGGGUUCAUUGCAGACGUUAAAUCUUGAGAAAGAUGUGUGUAUAGCUGGGGAUUUUGCUGAUUCCCUCGCAAGUAUACUUUGGGAAGUUUUAAACCACAAUACCAGCUUUGUGGUUGCAAAGCAAGAUCAAAUGCAAAUGCUCUAUGAUGGACUCAGAUUCUUGAGAACCAUUCUCAAAAAGCAGCAGGAGAAGUUCAGUGGGUUACACCAAAAAAUGAUGGAUCUUGUAGGAGCUGCAGUCAAUGAGGCUGGAAUUUUGGUUCUUUCACUUUCUGCAAAUGAAACAGAAGGAGGCCUGCCCAAGGAUGUGGAUCUUGGAUUUUCUGAUUUGCUCCAGAAGAUUAAGCUUAUUAGAUUGGUAUCGUCAACUCUCAAGUCUCCGGGGACCAAUGGGCUUGGCUUAAUAAAGUUUCUUCCAAAGAAUCUGAUGGAACUCGCAGAGCUUGAUUUCCUUGCUCAUUCAAAGGAUAAAAUCUGGACAGUCCAGAAAGAUUUUGUAUUCUUGGGAUCUGUUUUUGAGAAGAUUGCUGAGCAGCAUAACAAGCAUGAAAAGCUCAAAGCUUUCUGGAGUCAUGUUAUUGAGGUAGCAAACAAGGUAAUGUUUGUCAUUAACUCCUUUGAUCUUUCUCCUCUGUCCUUUGAUAGCAUAUUAGAAGAAUUAUUGCUUAUCAAGACUGAGGCCCUUGAGAUUGAUGAGACCUAUGGAUCUGAAGCCCAGAAAGUUGUCAAAACUUCUAAUUAUGUCUCAUCACAAGGAAUCAUCCCAGUACUGAAUAAUGGUGCAGUAGGUUUCAAAGAUGAGACAGAAAGAAUAAUUAAUCAAGUUAGGCAUGGAUCAGAGAAGUUGGACAUCGUAUCCAUUGUGGGCAUGCCAGGACUUGGCAAGACAACUUUAGCCCAACGAGUGUACAGAGAUCCUUCAAUUAUAAGAGACUUUCAUAUUCGGGCAUGGUGCAAUGUCUCUCAAGUAUAUUGCAUGAAGGAUUUGUUGCUUGAGCUUUUGCGUUGCAUUAAUCCUGAUGUUUCUAAGAAAUACUGUGACAUGGAUGAACAGGACUUGGCUCAUAAGCUUCUUAAUUCCCUGCAGAGAUAUAGGUACUUCAUUGUCUUGGAUGACAUAUGGGACAUUGAUGCAUGGAAUAUCUUGAAAAGAUCAUUUCCAGAUGAUAAAAAGAGAAGCAGAAUUCUCAUAACAAGCCGACAGUAUGAGGUGGCUUCACAAAUUGAACUUGACCGUGAACCUCACCGUCUUCGCCAAUUCACUGAUGAUGAGAGCUGGGAUUUACUACAGAAGAUGCUCUUUCCCACUGAACCUUGUCGUCCUGAACUAUGCACAAUUGGGAAGCAAAUAGCAGAAAAUUGUGGUGGGCUGCCUCUCACAGUUGUGAUUGUGGCUGGAAUUCUUGCAACAAUAGAACAAGAUGGUUGGAAACAAUUUGCAGAAAGGAUGGGUGCAAGAAAUGUUAGUCUCACAGAGCAGUCAAUGAAUAUGUUAGAGUUGAGCUAUAGGCAUGUACCUGACUACUUGAAGCCAUGCCUUCUUUAUGCUGGAGCAUUUCCACAGGGCCAAGAAAUUCCAAUUCAAAGGUUGUUGCGGUUAUGGAUUGCUGAAGGGUUUGUUAAGGAAGUUGAGCAAAAGAAAGUAGAGGAAGUGGCAGAGGACUACAUGAUGGAUCUGAUUGGCAGAAGCUUAAUUAUAGUUUCCAAACAAAGAUCCUUUGGUGGCGUUAAAAGUUGUCGAGUUCAUGAUUUGGUACGCGAGUUUUGUGCAACAAAAGCCAAAGAAGAUUUUUUUCAGUUGUUACAUGGUUAUGAGGGGCUUUUUACUUUUAGCGAGUCAUUCAAUACAAGAAGAUUGUGCAUAUACUCUAAGCAAGAGCAUUUUGAGAAGUCAAGGCUAUUCUGUCCUCAGAUACGUUGUCUAAUGUUCUUUUCUCAUGGUGAUGGAUACCCAAGAAAGUACUCCGAUAGCUUGUUCAUCUUUCAAAUCUGCAAACUUCUUAGAGUGUUAGAUUUGGGACAGGUUUUCCUAGGUGAAAAUUUUCCAACUGAAAUAGAGGUGCUUGUUGAGUUAAGGUACUUGGCAAUCCGUGGUAUGAUGCAAUCCAUCCCAUCUUCAAUAGCCAACCUCUCCAAUUUGGAAACCUUUAUUCUCGAUGUCUAUUUGGGUGAUGUUAUGUUGCCAGAGACAAUCUGGAAUAUGACGAAUUUGAGGCAUCUAUGCAUCAGUGGUAGUUCCGGAGACAUUAGCCUGGCCAAAGACGUGCAUGAAAACUUCUCCAUUCUGUAUAACUUGAGCACUUUCUCCAAUCUGUUGCUUUUCAUUGAUCCAAGCAUGGAAAAGAUAUUGAGAAAGUUCCCAAACAUUCGUAGGCUAAAAUGCGAACUUUCUGAACCGGAAGAUCCAGUUCCAGAUUGCAGUAGGAUUGUGAAAAUGAAUUUUCUAAGUCAGCUAGAAUCACUUAGUCUAUCUCUAUAUUUCACUGAACAACGAGCUAUUCAGUUUCACUUUCCAGUUAACCUCAAAAAGUUGACUCUCUCGGACUUCUCCUGGAGUAUGAUUUCCGUGAUUGAGGAACUAUCCAAUCUCGAGGUUCUCAAAUUAUUGGAUGAUAGAGCAGAUCAGGGGGACAUAUGGGACGCAAGUGAAGAGGAAGAAAUCCCAGAGGAAGAAGUCGGGGAGGAUUUCCAUGGGGAGGGAGCUGAUGAGGAGAUAAGAUGGGACAUCACAGAAGAAGUUGAAUUCCCCAAACUCAGAAUCUUAAAAUUGUCUCGCUUGAAUAUCAUCAGGUGGACAGGAUCAGGCGAUCAUUUUCCACGUCUUCAAAAAUUAAUAUUGGAGCAGUGUUGGAAAUUGAAAGAAAUUCCUUCUUGUUUGGGGUCUAAUUCACCUCUAGAAAUGAUUGAGAUUCGCUGGUGUCCGCCUUCUGUUGUAAGCUUAGCAGAGGAGGUUAAGGAAGGACAGGAGGAAAUGGGAUACGAGGACCUGCAGAUUCUCAUCUCAGCCAAAGCAGAAUAGCAUAGUAUCACAUUUUCAUUUUUCAAGUGUACCUCACAUUACAUGUUAACUGGAAAAAUCAUUCUAUCAAGUCAAUUCGUCCGAAAUGCAUUAUAAAAUCAGAUCAUCUUUUCAUUGUAAUCUACCUUUCUCAAUCUUUUUCUGCAACAAAAGUGUAGGAUUAUUGCUGAAUUG